AUGGACACAUGGACAGCAGUCGGAGUUUGGUGGCAGAAACCACCGGAAACUGACACGCUCUCUUAUCUCUCUGCAGUCGUGUUGACGUUCAUCAACUGCUACAGCGUGAAGGCGGCCACCAAGGUGCAGGACUUCUUCGCCGCGGCCAAGCUCCUGGCGCUCGCACUCAUCAUCGUCAUCGGCUUUGUGAAGAUCGGACAAGGUGAAACGGACGAUCUUCUUCCAGAGAAUUCCUUCAAGGGUUCCAAUUAUGAGUUUGGAAGCAUCGGCCUGGCGCUCUACAGCGGCCUGUUUGCCUACGGUGGCUGGAACUACUUGAAUUUCGUCACAGAGGAGAUGAUCGAGCCGUACAAAAAUCUUCCUCGUGCCAUCAUCAUCUCUCUGCCCAUUGUGACAGCUGUGUAUGUUCUGACCAACCUGGCCUAUUUCACCACCCUCUCCCCCGAGGAGAUGCUCAACUCCAAGGCCGUGGCUGUGGAUUUUGGUAACCGACACCUCGGUCCGAUGGCGUGGAUCAUCCCGGUGUUUGUCGGCCUUUCCUGCUUCGGAUCUGUCAACGGCUCUCUGUUUACGUCCUCCAGGUUGUUCUUCGUUGGUUCCCGGGAAGGUCACCUGCCCAGUCUGCUGUCAAUGAUCCACCCCACCCUGUUGACCCCAUUGCCCUCACUUAUAUUCACUUGUUUGAUGACGCUGCUCUACGCCUUCUCCAAGGACAUCUUCUCCGUCAUCAACUUCUUCAGCUUCUUCAACUGGCUCUGCAUCGCCCUUGCGAUCAUCGGGAUGAUGUGGCUCCGCUACAAGAAACCCGAGCUGGAGCGACCCAUCAAGGUGAAUAUUCUGCUGCCGGUGAGUUUCGUGCUGGCCUGCUUCUUCCUCAUCAUCGUCUCCUUCUGGAAGACUCCAAAGGAGUGCGCAAUCGGCUUCGGCAUCAUUGCCACUGGGAUUCCCGUCUACUUAUUCGGCGUGUGGUGGAAGAACAAACCUCAGUGGCUGCAACAGGGAAUCUUUUCGACCACAGCCUUGUUUCAGAAGAUGAUGGAGGUGGUGCCUCAGGAGUCCUAAAACGCCGCCAGGCGCCAACAGGGUUGCACCAACAGUGACCUCUCAGCUCUCAUACAUACACUGUUUGCCGGGUGCUGAUAAGGACCUGAUGAAGGCUGCUGUCCUAACGAUCUUCAACUGUUUUUCUGUUAUGUUGCUGCCAUUUUUGGGAUAUUUGGAUUUUUUUUUUUUAGUCACUAACGUCUUUGUAGGCUGUUGUACACUUCUUUUAUGUGUGUGUGUGUGUGUGAGCUUUAGUUCAUGUAAAACGUCCUCCCUCGUCAGUUGUAUUUAGCAAAAUGUGCCUUAUGUGGCAAAUUUAAGAUGUACUGAGCUGAGGCUACAGUUCAACCUCCUGGAACCAGCUGUUGCUUUUGAGUAUAAGUUGGAGUUUACAAGAUCACUUUUCGUCAGACAUUCAUGAAGGAAACUUCUCGGUCCUGCGGUCAUUACAACUCUUUAGCACCUUUCCGCUGAAAAGUAUUGUGUUGUCUGCGUUGUUGGUCGACGGAGUGAGCACGUCGGCCGCUGUGAUGCACUCCGUGUCACUGUUGAGUUUCAGCCUCGCCCUCUGUUGUUUUUUAAAGUCGUCUCUGCUGCUGUCGGACGUGAACGGAUCAUCUUGGUGUGUUGGAGACGUUUCGCUCUUGACGAAAUGUUUAGUUGUAGUUUAUGAAUCUGCUCUCUUGUCUGACAAGAGGAAGGAGGAUUGAUGUCACUGUAAAGGGUUUCUGCUCUUUUAAGUCAGAUAUGCAUUUUGACUCUCGGUGAAAAAUGUGUCCUUUCUCCUGCUGGGUCAGUGAUCGCGUCGAUUUCAUUGGGGAUCAAUAUCUCCACGUAUUGACUGAGCCCGGCCGCUUAAAAAAACGGCAUCACACUCAGAGACAACGUUUCACACUGUGUACUGAAAUAAAGCCAUGUAACUGUACACACACACACAGUGUACACAGGUUAGAGCAGAGGGAGUGUGUGUGUUUGUUUAGGUUAAAUUGCAGGACUUGGACCUGGACUAACAAGGCACCUGUCAAAGUUUCACUGUUCAACACUUUUCGGUCACAUGUUGUUGUUUUCAGUGUGUGUGUUCGUGUGUUUGAGGGGGUUGUUGGAUGUGGGUGGAGGUAUUCGAAGGGGUCAGAGGUUAAUACAAGCGGACAGACACCAGAGAGGAAAUGUGGAAAGAUUUCUGGGUGUUUUUACACAUAUUUUCACGUCACAAUAUAAACUGCUAGUUUUUAUUUCAACGUUUUUCUCAUUGACACACGACAAGUGACAGUGUCAUUAUGGUUAUUAUUAUUAUUAUUAUUAUUAUUAUUAUUAUUAUUAUUAUUAACGUCGACCCUUCUUACAACGGACCAAAAGUACAUGUUCCUGCGGCAGUGUUGUUUCCAUAGAGGCCGCGGCAGAGACGGCGUUUAGCAGUGAAUGUUUAUGUUUUUAGAGCUUUAGGAACUUUUUCUAACACUCCCGCCGUCGCACGAAGAAAAAAAA